GUAGCGCGGGUGUUAAAAUUCCAUCUCUUCAGCGGACCGCAUGGAUUGUUUCUCUCGUAGUUUCUUUAUGUCCAUUAUUUAGAGAUUAAAUUAUUUCCGCAAGGAAAUUUUUAUUAAUCGCCAGUUUGGUAUUUAUUGAUGGUAGAGAUGUCGGUAAGACUGAUUUGCAACCGCGUUUUGGGCAUCGCAAGGUCAAGAGUUACAUCAUCCUCAACUUCAACUCAUUCAGUUAGCAGGACCCUGUUUUCAACAGCACCGAAUGCAGAUGAUGAGUCUAAAGACCACUCAAAAUUAAGCUGGGGUCGUGCUCGAUCCAGAAAUGACGACGAUGAGGAUUUUCAAGAGAGAAGAGGUCCUGCGCGACAAAACAACUUCCGUAAAUUCGAUUCGGGGCGAAGCUCCUCGUCCUUUGGGCGCGAUGACUUCAGGGACAGAUUUUCAUCCAAUCUUGGAGGUGGAUUGCGAAAAAUUGAAUGGAACGACGAGCAAAUGGAGGACUGCAAAAAGGAUUUUUACACUGAAUCAGAUGCUGUAAAAAACAGGUCACCAGAAGAAGUUUCUAAGUUUAGGUCUAUGAAAGAAAUAACCGUAAAAGGGCGAAACGUACCAAAUCCCAUCCAGGCCUUUUCAGAUCUAAAUAUUGAUGAAACGAUAUUGCAAUUGUUAUCGAACCAAGGGUAUGAAGAGCCCACACAAAUACAGUGCCAAGGCUGGCCAAUUGCUUUGAGCGGACGAGACAUGGUUGGAAUUGCCCAAACUGGCUCUGGAAAAACCCUUGCGUACAUACUGCCAGCCAUGGUUCACAUCGCUAAUCAGUCUCGGAGGAAGAUAGGCGAAGGUCCUAUUGCCCUUGUUCUUGCACCAACCAGAGAACUGGCACAGCAAAUCCUGCAAGUGUGCAAGGAAUUCGCACCGCGAUUAAGGUCGACAGCCGUUUUUGGUGGUGCUGCAAGGGGAAGCCAGGGGAGAAUACUCAACAACGGAGUUGACAUUUUGAUCGCAACUCCUGGGCGUCUCAUCGACUUCUUGGAAAGCGAAGAAACAAAUCUUAGGCGGUGCACUUACUUGGUGUUGGAUGAAGCGGACCGUAUGCUGGACAUGGGCUUUGAGCCCCAAAUUAGAAAAAUUCUAGGUCAAGUCAGGCCUGAUCGUCAAACUCUUAUGUGGUCCGCAACCUGGCCAAAAGAAAUAAGAGAGUUGGCUGGGGAUUUUUUGAGUGACUUCAUUCAGAUCAACAUCGGCUCUCUAGAACUGGCUGCCAAUCACAACAUCAAGCAAAUAAUCAAUAUUGUUGAAGAGCAUGAGAAGGAUGAAAAAUUGCAAAAGAUUCUGGAGGAAAUUGGACAACAGGAGGAAAACAAAAGCAUUAUUUUUGCCCAAACCAAACGAACUGUGGACAAACUUACGAGACAGCUGCAAAGGACAGGUUUCGGAGCUUGUGCCAUCCAUGGAGACAAGUCACAGUCUCAGCGAGACUCUGUUCUGCGAAGCUUUCGCUCCGGACACGACCCUAUCCUGAUUGCCACAGAUGUUGCAGCCAGAGGCCUUGAUGUAAGUGACGUCUCAUUUGUUAUUAACUACGACUUCCCUAACUGCACCGAAGAUUACAUUCAUCGUAUUGGACGCACUGGUCGUUGCAACCGGAAGGGUACUUCGUACUGCCUCUUCACCCCUGACGAUGCUAGGCAUGCUAAAGACCUGGUUUCCAUUUUGCAAGAGGCGAAGCAAGAAGUUAACCCUCAAUUGAUGCAGAUGGCUAGCGCUCAAGGUGGAUACAGAGGUGGCCCAAACCGCAGAACAAGUUUCUCAAGAUCCAACUCCUACGACAGGGGGCAGAGGCAGCAAGGCUAUCGACGACCCUCAAUUAGCUUUGAUGAUGACGAUGAUUUUGGUUCGAGGAGACCAAGGAGACGAGAUGAUAGGUGGUAGUUAAAGGACUUGUGCGCAAAAGUAGUUCAUUAAGUGUUUUCAAUUCAAAGUGCGUCUUUUGUGAUCAUUCCCAAUACAUAAAUUAAUCAUGGAAUUGAACGCGUCAGUAAGAGUAAUAAAAAAAUAUGAUUUAUUUA